AUGAAAGAUAAAGUUGAAGUUGAACAUAUUUCCCCUUACACGUCUCUGAGCAACCAACUGGUGCAUGAAGAUGACCACCAUGAUUUAUUUAACGAAAAACCUGAUUUGUCGCCGGCCGCAAUCAAGAAUUAUUUUGCAACAAGAAUUCCAAAGAUGUUAGAUUUACCGUUAUAUCAUCAAGAGAAGAAAUGGUAUCAAAUUCUCAAUCCUGUUACUGGUUUAAAAGAGAUGUCAGCAUUGGACUGGCAUUUCUAUUUCUUAGGCUUCCUUGCUUGGUCAUUGGAUGCAAUGGACUUUUUCUGUGUUUCAGUAUCUGCUCCUGAGAUUGCUGCUACUUUGGAAGUUAGUGUCACUGAUAUUACGUGGGGGGUUACGUUGGUAUUGAUGCUUAGAUCUGUGGGAGCAAUCAUCUUUGGUAUUGCUGCUGACAGGUUCGGCAGGAAAUGGUGUUACAUUGCAGUCUGUGGGUUGUUUAUCCCAGUUGAAAUAGGUACUGGAUUUGUACAAACGUACAAGCAAUUUUUAGGUGUCAGAGCUAUUUUCGGUAUAUUGAUGGGGGCCAUGUAUCCCAUUGCCAUGGUGACUGCAAUUGAAGGUCAACCCACUGUGGCAAGGUCUGCUUUGUCGGGAUUAUUCAUUCCUGGAUACAGUUUUGGAUAUAUUUUAGCUAUGGUGUUUUAUAGAGCAUUCGCUGGUACCUACAAAGAAGGGGAAGGUUGGAGAAGUUUAUUCUGGUUUAGUGCCGGUCUUAGUGUCUUGUUGUGCACCUGGAGAUCAUUAAUCCCUGAAUCUCCUGACUUUGUCGCCACAAGAGAAAAGAAAAGACGCUACAAUGAAGCUAACAAACCUAGGUUUGGAUUUAUUGACAAGAGUGUUUUACAAACUUUGAAAACUGAAUGGUUGUUGUUUAUCUACCUUGUUUUGUUGUACAGUGGUUUCAACUUUACCACUCAUGGUGCCCAAGACUUGUAUGUGACCAUGCUUACAAAGCAGUUCAAUGUUGGUUUGAAUAAAAAGACAGUUAUUGUUGUUGUCAGUAACAUCGGUGGUAUGAUAGGUGGCUCCUUGAUGGGCAAUGCUUCAGAACUCUUUGGUCGAAGACUUACGGUGGUUAUAUGUAUGCUUUUCAGUGGUGCAUUCUUGUACCCAUCUUUCUUCAAUGCUGACCAAAACUGGUGGGCCUAUGUCUUUUUAAAUGCUGGUAUCAUUGGAGCUUGGGGUAUUUCAUCAGUCUACUUGGUGGAGGUUGUCAAUAAGGCAAACAGAACAUUGAUUUCAGGAUUGGUUUACCAAUUAGGAAACUUGGUCAGUUCUGCCAGUGCCACUAUUGAAGCCAGACUUGGAGAGAGAUUUCCUCUUGAAGGGUUCUCUGACGAUAUGUAUGAUUAUGGAAAAGUGAUGUGUAUUUUCUGCGGGGCAGUCUUUUCUUACAUGAUUAUUUGCAUCACCCUUGGUCCGGAAAAGUUCCACAACAACAUGGAUGUCAGCAACAAAGAAAGAGUGAGAAUUGAAGAGUCUGAUAGUGAAAACGAAAUAAAGACCAAUUCAAGGGCUUAG